AUGGACAAACAGGGUGAUACAGCGGCCAGAGAUGGUCAGACUAGACCAUCUCUCUCCCCAGCUGUCGAAAUAGCGGUUCCGAGUACGCCGACUCCAGAACUGAGCAGCAGCAGUAGUCCUGCGCCAGACUCACAGGCUACCCAAAUCCAGUCGCAACCUGACCGCGUUGACUCUGAGAAGCCCACAAUACUUUCAUCAGCAGCCGGGCAGUCGUCUCCUAGUAUGACGCCUCCUCCAUCCGUUCAGGCGCCGGCAAACGCGUCUACGCCAGCCCAACGCGCACGCUCUCAGUCGCAUCCGUUUCUUGCGUCUCCCCCAUCCACUGUCAACCAGUCACUGUGUGAUGCGUACGGCAUAUCAGAACGUCUACCUACCGUGAGUGAGAUCGACGACGCUGACGAGCCCGCGCUUCGAAAGAUAGCGAACGAGCUGCUUGUCGUUGCCCAGGACUUCCGGAUGUCAGCAGCUCACUUUAAGCUGCAAAAUAGUCUCCUCUCUCUCACUAGCAACGAGGCAGUCAAGCGCGCAGAAGUAGAGCAACAGCUUGCCAAACGCGAAGUCGAGAUCCUACAGAGUGAUGAGUACCGCGUUCGUCGAGGUAUUGCACAGGAGGAAUCAGCACGCAGCUUUCAGAACCAUGAACUUUCUGGUGCCAGAGCUAGGAUCCAAGACUUAGAGCAAAUGAAUGCCACACUGGACCGCAGGCUUCAUCGGGCAAAGCAGAUCAUCGAGGAGAAGUCAGACCAAUACGAGAUGCUAUUGGAGGAAAACGGCCGGUUAAAGAAGCGUAUUCGAGACAACCGUGAACACUUCACCAUGAUGAUGGAUGGCGCGUCUCUCCCAUCAAGCCCCCGUACUGAUAUACAUACACCGCAACGCAAAGCAGCCGCACAGCCACCACACCAUGCUCCUUUAGAGAACUCACGCUCAUUCAAUGGUAAACUCGGCAGUCAGGACUUGCUGGCUACCCUUCUAGCAGCAGACCAGGUCCUGCACGGGGACAACUCACGCACCCAGACCCCUUCACAGCUCAAGCCUCGAGGGCAUAGAAACAACCACGGCCACACCCGUGGUGCACAUUCGAUGUCUUCCUUGACCCCCAUAUCCCACGCAAGAAUGUCGGAGUCAACCCAGCCCCGUUUCUUCACUCCUGUGAACAAAAAGAUGCGAGAGUCUAGGAUAUCCCCAACACAUGCAUCCGGCCGCCUAGACGAGGAAGAUGAAGGCCGCCGUGACCGUGACAGUACUUUGUCCGCAUCUGACGUUGAAGCAGUCACUGACGAAGACGUUCCAGCGUCCCAGGCUAGCUCUCUAGCCACCAGCAUGCUUCGUCGCUAUCCAGGAACUAGCCAGGAAGAGCCUUCCAUCCCUACCAACUUAGGCAAAUCCAGCGCCAUGCUGCAGACAAAAUUAUUCGGCCAUGUGAAAAAGGCUGGGCUUGAGCGUCCCUCUGACCACAUGAAGCGCAAGAGCAGCAACUCGCAGAGCAAACCUGUCUCUCCCAAGAAGGCGAGGGGGUCAAAUCCUCUUCACCUAAAUGUUUCCGUCUAA